UAUGUGUCAUAUUAAGUUCAAGUAAUCGAUUCACAUCAUGUUUUUGGAGUUUGCUACCCAUGUUUGUAACAAUGGGAUGAUCCUUCAAUUGGGAGCAUACACUGGAGCCACGCCGGUGACCUUUUAAAGUGGAUUUUACGGGCAAAAGACAACAAUGGAGAAGAAGCAGGUGAUCAUCGACACGGACUGCGGCAUAGACGACGCCCAGGCCAUAAUGUUGGCUUUGGUGGCCCCCAACAUCCAGAUUGUGGGAAUCACCUGUGUGUUUGGGAACGCAGCUGUGGAAAAUGUGUGUCAAAACGUCCUGAGGGUGCUCUCCGUCUGUGAGCGUGAAGGGAUCCCAGUGUUUCGUGGUGCUGGCGCUCCUCUGGUCGGAGCCAGCAGCUCGCACGGUGAACACUUUGGCACUGAUGGACUUGGUGAUGUGCUUCAAGACAGAGACCCUCAGUGGGAGGAGAAAAUCCAGAGAGAGCAUGCGGUGAAUGCAAUGAUCAGACUGGUGACAGAAAACCAGAAGCAGGUCUCCCUGGUAGCCCUUGGUCCCCUCACUAAUCUGGCGCUGGCAGUCAGACUGGAUCCAGGUUUUCCUCAGAAGCUCAAAGAUCUGUACAUCAUGGGCGGCAACAUGGAAGGAAAAGGGAAUGUGACACUGUGUGCAGAGUUUAACUUUGCCAUGGAUCCAGAGUCAGCCUAUGUUGUUCUAGAAGAGUUUCUCUGCCCAACUUACAUUGCAUCAUGGGAAUUCACCUGCAGGAACGCGCUAACCUGGGACUUCUUUGAGGAGUUGAUCAACCAGGAUGCUCCUGCUGCAGCCUUUAUGAAGGUGAUCACAUCUAAAUGCUGGGCGUACUCCAGAGAGACCAUGAGGAAUAGGAGAGAUGUGUACUUUGGACCUUGCUUUGUGUCUUAUGAUGCCUAUGCGAUGGCGGCGUGCAUUGACAGCAGUGUGGUCACAGAGAAGAUGGAAUGUCCAGUUCGUGUGGAGCUGCAGGGUUCGAUCUGUCGUGGGAUGAUGGUCCUGGAUCCCACUAAUGAGCUGAAGAAAAAUCACAGUGUGUUUGUUUUGACAAAAUGUGAUGUUGCAAAGUUUAGACAGUUACUCAUGGAGUCUUUAAGACAACCGUGUAAGAAGUAAUCUUUAAUAAAACCAUGAUCCGA